GUUUAGAUAUAGAUUUUACUCAACUUAAUUAUUUUCACAUUCGUUUUGUUUAGCAUUAAUUACUAGAGGGAAAUGGAUCUGAUUAAUACCUCAGAGCGGAACUGGGACGAUACACCUGUUGAAAUUCCCCCAGAAGUGGUCCAAACAAUUAUUGCUGGAAUAGAACGACUGCAACAUGAACAGUUCCAUAAUACCACCACUGUCAUCCCGACUAUCACGUUCGAUAGUCUCCUUUUAAAUCACAGAGCAUCCAAUAGUGAUUACCCGAACGAAACGUUAGCCGAAUUUGGGCCGGAAUUUCCAACAGUCGAAUUAGGCGCUGAAUUCGAUGGUGAUCAAGCUCCAAGUGGUUGUGACAUCGAACUACCAAAAACUAACCUCAACAGAGUGAUGUAUAGCAACGUUCGCGAAUAUGGCACAGAUCUCUAUGCAGAAAUUUGUCCGACCAGCAACAACUGUGGUUCAGGCGUAGAGGAAAACUCAACAAUAACGGCUAUAAGAAUUCAAUUACAACAGCAGCGAGAGAAGUUCCUAGCAUUGCAAGAGAAUAUGUUAGGCUUAAAUGGUCAAAUAAAGCAGCGAUACGAGACGAUUUUAGAAUUUCCAAGGCAGUUGAAUACGGAACACGAGUUUCAUCGGCUGAAUGUCCCGACGAUAGACCAACAGCUACAGCUACCACUACAGACGAAGGUGAGCUCUGUUUAUCAAGUCCCAACGUCUGAACAUUUUGAUGGAACGCACUCGGAAAUCGCCGAAACAAUCACGACGAAUCAACUGUCGUCACUAAGGUACUCUGGUCGAACGGAACAAUUCCAAGAAAUUGACAUUUUGCACUCGUCUACAGGAGACGUCACACGAUCGGAAGACGAUGCAGAACUGCAUUGUGAAUCAGAACAUCCAACGCCAUCAUACCAAGAAGAUAGUUUCAAUCUAUCAGAAGAGUCAUUUAGGAUGAAGCAGCUCAAUACUCGUUCGUCGGAACGAAUGUGAUUCUAAAUAUUUUGCUAAUUUCUCGUUCAUCGCUUCAGGUUCGUUCCGACCAGAUUAGGAAAGU